AUGUCAACCAAACUUUCACCAUCCUAUUACGGAUAUGUUGGAUCCACAAAAGAUGCAUUGCUUAUUAUUCAAAGUAUCUUAAACAAACAACUAAACUUGAUCCCAAGAAGACCUCAUGAAAGAGAAAGAUUAGAUUUGAUCAAAUCAGGGAAUGUGUUCAUUUUCAUUGAAGAACAUAGUGGGAUCAAAAGAUGGACCGACGGUAUCAGUUGGUCUCCAUCAAGAAUUUUAGGUAGAUUCUUGGUAUACAGAGAAUUAGAUAAAGAACUUGAAAAUAAUAAUAUGUACCAAUCAGCAAUGGACAUGGACAAGAAACGUAAAAAGAAAAGAAGCUAUGAUGAAUUUGAAAUCAAUAAUAUUCAACAUGGUUUUAAAGACCAAGGGUUGAUCAAAAAGACUUUAUCUAUCACCACUAACUUGAAAGAGUUCAAUAAUGUUGAUAAACAAACUAUUCACUUGAUUUCAUAUUAUAAUGCUAACGAUGUUAUUAAUGGAAAAUUAUGCAGACCAAGUGAAUCUGAUUUGAAAAAUUUACAAAUCGACAAACAUUUGUGGGAUGCAAUCAAAGAAAGUAAUUUGGGAGGUAAAGUUCCUAUUGAAGAUGAAGCUUACUAUUUCUUAGACAAUAAUUACCAAUUACAAAAUAUGUCAAAAUUAAGUCAACCUUCCUAUUCUCAUCAGAUCCCCCAAAUUCCCCAUCAGCAAAUGCCUUCAAUACCACAAGUUCCUUCUCAAGUACAGGUACCGCAGAUGCAACAGGUUUCACCACAAAUUCAACAAUUACAACAUCAACAACAACAGCAACAAAUCCCCCAACAAAUGCACCAACAAUCAAUCCCAUCAAUCAACUCCAUGUCUAAUAAUAGCAAAGGAACUCCACAAUCCAUACCACCACCUUUGUUUUACAAUAAGAACUACAUGUUACCAAUCCCUUCUAAUUAUGAGUACAAAAAUGAAGAAGAUUUCAACAUUUCCAAUAAUCUAAAUAGUCUUUACCAUGAUCAUUACUACAUGCCAUAUUAUUACCAUUAUGACAACAAUAAGAGAUUCAAAGAUGAUUUACAUAUAGAUGAAGGUCACAAUUUUAUCACCAAUUAUAAUAGUUGA